AACUAAAUUCACUUCUUUUAUUUCACUUUUCUUUCUGAUAUAUUUCUCAAGAUCUUGUCAAAAUGAUAGCAUGAAGAGAGAAAGAUCUGAGUACGAAGAAUCCAUCAAGAAUCUAGACAUCGUUAAAUGUUUAAUGAUAUUAUCACGAACCUCCAUUGUUAAACAGAUUGGUGUGAACCAGUUUACCGAGAGAAAUACAAGUAAUCGGUUCGAAUGCAAAACAUGUAACCGGAGAUUUUCUUCGUUUCAAGCCCUUGGUGGCCACCGGGCAACCCACAAGAAACCAAAGCUAACCGUUGACGAGAAAGAUGUGAAACAUUUUACUAAAAAUUAUAAAGGAACACAUAUGCACAAAUGUUCGAGAUGCGGUCAGAGUUUUGGGACCGGGCAGGCUUUAGGUGGUCAUAUGAGACGGCAUAGGUCAAGCAUGACGUUGGAGCCAUCGCAGCGCAUCUCUCCCGUGAUUCCUACCAUGCCGGUUAUGAAACGUUGCAGUAGUAGCAAGAGGGUUUUGUCUUUGGAUCUGAAUCUAACUCCCUUAGAAAAUGAUCUUGAAAUUAUUUUUGGGAAAAAGUUUUUCCCCAACAUAGAUAUGAAGUUAGUUGUUUAGGUUAGAUUAUUUCUUUUUCUCAAUUAUUUAGGUUAUUGAAAAAAAAAAUUGUAUUGUAAUUUUCCCAUUCUUUUAAUAAUUCUUUCAAAUUUUAUGUUCAUUGUUAGAUGUCAUAUACCAGAAAAUUUAGCUGAA